AUGCAAAAUGUCAACCCAUUAUCUACUCAAGAAAUUAACUCCGCAAACAAUGCGACGACUAAAUUCGAAAAACUCGAACAAAUUCUGUCAAACUACGACAAAGCAGGAGGCAGCAACGUUGUCUCAAUGCGAGUUCUUAGGGCAUUAUUUGCCGAAGAAGUUCCCGUAUUCGACGAGAACUUGGAGAAUUUCAUUUAUAACUUCUCCGUGUUUGGACGUGCCGCGAUCGAGCUCGACAUUAGAGCUGGAUGUCCCAUCCACAAAAUGGUGGGAGGCAACCACGUAUGGCCCACAUCGGCAAGAAGCCUUAUGGAAGCGGAACCCGCUAUUCUUAUGUCAACCUGCCCGUUCAAAUACCCCAAGGGCGAAGACUUUAGGUUCUCUAUCUCGGACCGAAAACUGGCCGAAAUCAAUAAGGCUACUUCAGCUGCCAGACACGCCUUGGAUCCUGGCCCAUCGUCACUACGUGAUAAGGCCCAAGACGAGCUCCGCGUCGCCGCAGUCCAGAUCGCAGACGUUUCUCCAGGAGCCCCCCACGUCGUAGAUUCGCAUCCGUCAAUCAAUAUGGUUCAUCCCCUGAUCCAGAGGACAAGUACUCUAGAAAAUCUCGCAGUCCAAUCAGGAUACCUAGAUGCUCUCCUAGCCCUCAAGUCUCUUACUACCGGGACUACAGCCCAAAAGCCUCUGGAAGCGGAAAACGCAUGUCUCCACCACGCAGAGACCCUCCAUAACAUCCGAGGGAUAAACGCGCCAGAUUCGACGAACCCUCCUCGAGUUACCAACCCACUUCUCUUCUCAAUCGAAUCGACUCAUCAAUUUUCAACAGAGUGGACCCAGCCAGAACAGCUAAAAGGCGACGACAACUACAUCGAGCGUGCUUUUAAGAAAUUCGUCGAGUCUUCAAAUAAACCAACAAAGAAACUCGCUUUCCAAGCUUUUGACGACGAAAAUUCCGAUAAUGACGAUGACCCUAUCAUCAAAUACUUUCAAAAAACUAAAUUCGAAUACAAAGAAGAUAUUAAACGGUCAGCUGAACUCUACAAGGCAUGCAGAGCUAGGCCAGAAAAGUGGCCAUCAUCUCAAUCAAAAGACCUCCUUGAGUUUAAAUUCGUCGACCUCGAAAAGGUGUAUGUCGAAAUCUAUGGAAAACCUGGAAGCACCAAAACUAUCCGACUCAACGACGCCAAAGACCUCGAGUUUGACGAGAAGAUCAAAGGUGUCCCAAUUAAUGAUAAGUCUCACUGGGAACACCUCAUCAAGAUUCUUCAUGAUGCUUACAGAUCAGCUUUCCCUGGAGCCGAGAAAAACAUCAGAUACUAUUUUGAAUACAUCCUCAAACUUGCCAGCGACCCAUCCACAGGAAUCCACUGGAAGGACGUUCGAGAUCUUGACUCGGCGUUGCGCCUUCAGUUCUCUCGUCAAUCCAGAAUUGCCUUUGGAAACUGGUCCCACCCAAAGCUUAAGUAUUUGGAAAGCAAGAUUCUCUACGGCAACCAUAGCCGCCUUGGACAAAACUCCAAUAUCCAAAAGACAUCCGAAAAUCAGUCUAAGAGCACAUCACAGCCUAAGCAGUCUUCCACGAAAUCAUCUUCUUCAUACUCCAACAAAAAGUCCAAGCCUAAAGUCGACAAACCACCGAAAUCAAGAAUCAACUUCCCAUACGACAUCAAGAGGACUAAUCUUUGGAAAAUGGGUGACCAGCCUUGCAACAAUUGGAACACUGAUAUAUGUUCAAAAUCCGAUGAAGAAUGCAACCGACGACAUCAUAUAUGCAACAAAGUGGGAUGCGAUUCCGAUCAUCGAGGAAUCGUCGCUCACGCAUAG